GUGACUGCAGUGAAGGUGUUGUGCUCCCUUUCAUUUCAGUCAUCCCAAGGCCAUUUCACUCCCUCAUCGUGUCCCUCAGUGCUGGGACGUGGGCCAACACAGCCCCCCACUGCAGUAGGCACCUCCUCUCAUUCUCCAUCUCCAGGAUAAGAUGGCUGCCCUUAUUGCUGAAAACUUCCGCUUCCUCUCCUUGUUCUUUAAGAGCAAAGACGUGAUGAUCUUUAAUGGCCUGGUGGCUCUGGGCACAGUGGGCAGCGAGGAGCUCUUCUCAGUUGUUGCCUUCCACUGCCCCUGCUCUCCAGCCCGCAACUACAUCUAUGGGCUGGCUGCCAUCGGUGUCCCAGCCCUGGCACUAUUCCUUAUCGGCGUCAUCUUGAACAACCACACCUGGAACGUAGUGGCUGAGUGCCACAAGCGUGGCACCAAGAACUUCUCCACUGCCGCCACCUUCCUCCUCUUUGGUUCCAUCAUGGGCCGGGCAGCCGUGGCACCCGUCACCUGGUCAGUCAUCUCCUUGCUGCGUGGGGAGGCUUACAUCUGUGCCCUCAGCGAGUUUGUCAGGCCAUCCACCCUGGAUAAGUUCCCAUCUGAGUUUGGGGCUGAGGUGCUGGCGAGAUUCCCCUGCAAAGAUGUGCCAGCAAACCUCACCAAGUUCCGGGAUGAGGUGACACGGAGGCUGAGAUAUGAAUCCCAGCUCUUUGGCUGGCUGCUCAUUGGAAUCGUCGCCGUCCUGGUUUUCCUCACCAAGUGCCUGAAGCACUGCUGCUCACCGCUGAGCUACCGGCAGGAGGCCUAUUGGGCCCAAUACCGCUCCAACGAGGACAAGCUUUUCCGCCGCACGGCUGAAGUCCACUCCAGGAUCCUGGCAGCAAAGAACGUGAAGCAAUUCUUUGGAUUUGUGGCACUUGAUAAGGAGGAGAAGGAGCUGGUGCAGGAGUUCCCAGUGGAGGGCGUGCAGCCAAGCCCCCAGUGGAACGCCAUCACGGGUGUCUACAUCUACCGGGAGAACAAGGGCUUCCCCCUCUAUAGCCGACUCCACAAAUGGGCAAAAGGGGUGGAAGGGAAUGGGCCAACCCCAGAGGGCCAUGAAAUGCUCUUCUUGGCUUCCUAAGACAGAUGGAUGUUGGAAGCAGUUCCCCAGUCUGCCUGGCAGGCCUAUCAGUAUUGGUGUGCAGCUCAUGGAUUCGCUGGGAAUAUUCCUGCCAACAGGAUUACUACUCUCAGCAGGUAAAAAGGAAUCAACAGCCUCCAGGUAGAGGCUGAUAAGCAAUGCACUGAGCUGAGGAACCCCUCCCUUGGAGACAACCAUCUUGCUGGUGCUCCCAGAGGGAUAAGGGGAGCACAGCAGAUGCACACCUUACCUUCAGGCUGCUGGUGAGCCCUGCUGUCUUAAACACCAUCAGAAACCUCAGGGAGGAAGAGCUGGGAACAUUUCUAGCUCUGACUCUUGCAGUCCCAUCUGUCUCCCCUGUGGCAGGGCUAGCCCUAGCCAUCCUACACACCCACCUUUUUAUCAACACCAGUAUCUUCUUAUGCAGUUCUGCAGUGCCAGUUACACUGACAGGUCCUGGAGUACUUUACAGACUUCAGAGGGAAAGAGAAGCAGUGAGCACAUUCCUGUAGCAACAAGGAUUCAAUAGCAUCUGAGAAGGAGUGGGUCAAUACUACAUCAGCACACCAAAUAACUGAGAGACUAAGGCAGGAGGAAUCACCAAUAUUGUAGGCAUUCGGAAAGACACUCUGUAAUUACCAAGUUGAAAUUUGGGUAGGACACUAAACUCCCUUUGUUCUUAUUGAAGCGUCUGGCAACCUCUAAUGAGCCCAAAUGGUCACAGCCAUGAGAAUAUAAACCUGGAAGGUGACACCAUCAGCAGAAUAGUUUUCAGGCGAGGUGGCAUAGUGGAGGGCUCAAAGGGAGCAUAGCAUCCACGGUGAACCACAGCACCAUGUGCAGCUCAUUGCAUUACUCAUCCACCAUUGGAUGAGAGUCCUGCUUGUUUGGUUGACAGGUUGGAACAAAACCCCAGACAGAAUUACAUACAUAUAAUUAUGUUAUAUACAUACACACACUAUAUGUAUAAAAUAGUAUUUUGCUGUACUAACGGAGCAUAUUUCUUCCAGGGAAAGGGGCAAAAAACUUGCCAGCCAAAAGACCACGUUACAUGCACUCACCUGCUCUAUUGCUUCAGCAGCACAAGAGACUGUGGGAAUGGGAUGAGGGGAGCAGCCCUCUACCACUGAACUAAAUUCUUACCACUGCUUUAAACAGUCCCUGCAGCAAACUGGCUAUUUUAGGGACAGCUGUACUGAGAGAGCAAGACCAGAGAGAUGUUAUAGUACUGCAAUUGCUGACACUGUGCUGACUGUUUUGGCACUGUGCCCCUUUCUACCUGAGAGUCAGACCUAUAUACCUAUAUAGGCAGGACAAUGGAGUUUGGUUUUCCUACUUGUACAGUUCCUCUACAGACACAAUUUCCAUUUACACUGUGCCUUUUACCAAAAAGCCUUGAAUUGUUAAAAAAAAAAAAAAAAAAAAAAAAAGCUCACUGAACUCAGAGAGGCUUCAACACAAGAAGAUUUGAAAUAAACUAUUAAAUGAGUU